AUGUCCAGCCUCCAGGGCUAUGUAGACAGACGUGUCCUGCUCGUGCUACAAGAUGGCCGAACAAUAUUGGGCGUGCUAGCCGGCUACGACCAAAAAUCAAACGUCGUACUCUCUGACUCGAAAGAACGAGUCUUCAGUACGGACGAGGGUGUCGAAGAAGUGCCACUAGGACUAUACUUGGUAAAGGGAGACAUGAUCAUCCUCAUCGGGGAGGUCGACGAAGAGAAGGACAAGGAGAUUGACCUGUCAUCUAUACGCGCCGAACCCCUGCCCCCAAUACGAUACUAA